UUUUAUUUUGAAGACACGUUCCCGUUAGCUUGUAGUGUUUUCUCUCGCUUCAUACCGACUCGUUGCGCCUGUGUUAUAAAAUAUCUGCACCUUUACACAUUUACGCGUUUUAACUUUGAACUUUCGUGUAAAUCUUGUGGGACGACAGCAGACGAGCGAUCAACACACAUACACCAUGGAUCGCUCCCCGAACGCCAUGGCCAGCAACGUGACCAAUAAGACGGACCCACGUUCGCUGAACUCUCGCGUCUUCAUCGGGAAUCUGAACACCAUGCUGGUGACCAAAGCUGACGUGGAGGCCAUCUUCAGCAAGUACGGUAUGAUCGUGGGCUGCUCCGUCCACAAAGGUUUCGCUUUUGUCCAGUUCUCGAACGAAAGGAAUGCUCGUGCCGCGGUGGGCGGAGAGGACGGGCGCAUGAUCGCUGGACAGGUCCUGGACAUCAACCUGGCAGGCGAGCCCAAGCCUCACAGAUCAAAAACCACCAAACGUCCAGCAGGAGAUAUGUACAGCUCCACUUUUGAGCUCGACUACGAUUUCCAGAGAGAUUACUACGACAGGAUGUACGCGUAUCCGUCCCGUGUGCCCCCCCCUCCUCCACCCCUCUCCCGUGCCGUCAUUCCCUCCAAGCGAGCACGGGUCAGCCUGAGCGGAGGAGGAAGCCGACGCACCAAAUCCAGCUUCUCAUCUUCCUCCAAAAGCAGCCAGCGCUCUUCAUCACGGGCCACAGUUAAAGCAGACGACCUUCAGACCAUAAAGCGGGAACUGGCUCAGAUCAAACACAAAGUGGAUUAUCUUCUGGAAAGUUUAGACCGCAUGGAGAAAGAUCAUAGCAAGAAAUCAGAAGGAAAGGUGGGGAAGGCGGACAUGGGUGAAGUCUCUCAGCAGCACUCGAGCAGUAAGAAGGAGCGUGACCGAGAGGAGCAGGAGCUCAACGACUCUGACGAAGAGGGAGAUCUUCUGGAGGAAGAUGAGGAGGAGGCAAAGAGUAUCGGCGGAGAGAACGAGGAAGAGGAUGGAGAGGAUGAGGAAGAAGAGGGAGAGCACGAGGAAGGCGAGGAUGACGGCGACAGCAUAAACGGCGAUGACCCAUAGGACUGUUUUGUUUUAGUUUGCUUGCUCGUUCAAACACACACAAACACUCAAACAAACCACCUCAGCCUCCAGAGUGAAGAAACGUCAAAUUCUGGACUCGUUCUUUAUUAAUAAUAAUAAUAUUAAUAAUAAUAACAAAAAAAAGAAUGUGCACACACUUCUCUUCUUGUGAAGCGAUUUUUAAAGUCUGUUGUCUGUCUGAAUAAACAAUCAGUGCUUUGUUAUGGUUAUACUUUUAAAAUUUGGUCCCAUUUUAAAUGCUUUUUCUCUCCCCGUAAUCCCCCUGUCUGUGUGUAUAACAUUUAUUUUCCUUUAAAAAAUGAUCCAUGAGUGUGUUUGUUCAUGAGUAUGUUCAUCGCUAAGUGUCCUACAUGGUUGUUUUUUAUUUUCUCAUUGCUCAUGUCUUCUUUUUUUUCCUGUAAAAAUUCAAGAUAUCACGUUAUGAAUUGCAAUAAAAUGGUCAAAAUUU